GUUGUGUGUUGCCUCCUUUUUGUUCACUUUUUCUUUCAGCUUCAUCCCAACUAUAUACCCUUCUUUUCAUACCAGUACUUACGCAACCAAAAGUACAUACAAAAAACUUUAAAUUUUACAUUACUUGGCUCCCGUCAGUAUUGUUAAACGUAUAUUUUAGUGGAAUUCUUGUAUAUCUGUAACUUAUUUAUGUAUCAUUAGCUAUCCUUUUCAUUUUUUAUCACAUUGUCGUUUUCGAUACAGCCAAUAAGCCUAAAAAAAAAAAAUUAUCAGUCCCAAAAAAAGCAAUUGAGCCGCAGAAAAUAUAAAUCUACCAAGAAAUACGAACAAACGCAGUAGAAAAUUAGGUCACCAGUAUAUCGUGAACAAAAGGGAAAACAAUGCUAGAAUGGAAGACUCAGUACCAUCCACACCAGAAUUAUCGGAACGUAAGAGCCGACUAUCUUCUAACAGUGGAGUCAAAAGAAACAAAGUAAGUCGUGCAUGUGAUGAAUGUCGCAAAAGAAAGGUACGUUGUGAUGGUGCACAACCUUGUUCAAGAUGCCAAAAAUCUUCAACAGAAUGUAUAUUCUCAAACGUGACACCCAAAAGAGGACCUCCCAAGAAAUACCUCGAACCAUUUGAAACAAGAUUGAAAACCAUCGACAGCGUAUUACAAGUGUUGGAGUCAUCAUAUCAGCAUCCAUUAAAUAAAACUUUGUCAGACUAUUCAGCUGAAGGUAUGACAGAAAAUAUAGAUAGGAACAGUAGCAGUAACAGUAAUCCAACCAUUGAAACUGUUGACAUACUGGAUGUGACAGCCAUUGGUCAUUCUUUGUAUACACCUGAUCUUCCAGCUCGUAUAGAUCGAAUCGAACCUAUUUACAAAAACUCAAAUCUCAAUUCGGAACCACCGCCGCCUUCAAUGGAUCCAACAGUUUCGAACGCAUUACGAGUAGACUUGAUCCAGGCUUAUUUCGAGCAUAUACAUCCUUCUAUUCCUUUCGUGAAUCGAACACUUUUCAACCGAUACCAACAGCCUUCUCUGUUGUUGAAUGCCAUGUACGCAGUAGCGUCAAAAUUCACUCCAUCCCUUCAACAGCAUCAGCAGCCAACUGUUGCUGACAAAGACCCACCAGGCUGGUCAUUUUACAAAACGGCUCUCAGCCUCAUCGACUUAUACGCAGAUGUACCACGACUAUCCACCAUCCAAGCAUUCCUUUUGCUUGUCAAAUAUCAAGAAUACCUUCACCGCCCAGGAUUUUUCUGGAGAACAAAACUUUUUUUGCGGCUGGCUAUCAAAAUGUCAAAUGAUCUUGGUCUCCCCAAGGAGGCACCUCGAGAGACACAACCUACCGCAGGAGAUCAGGAAUUAGAAACUCGAAGGAGAACAUUCUGGGCCGUGUAUGCCUAUGAUGUAUUGAUGAGUGCUGAGCUUGGGUUACAAAUGAAGUUUUCGGAAGAACAGUGCACUGUGAAUCUCCCAAGUCCAUUUUCUGACGACUCUAAUGCUGAUGUCGAUAUAACCAAUAAGUUUUAUUUACUUUCAAAAACGGUACAGACAAUGGCGAUUGUGUUGCGGUUUAUGCGCUCUAAAUACAACAAUGACAGCAGACAUGACGAAGAAAUGCAAAGGAAAUUCACUAUCAUAGAAAGCACUCUCUCGGAAUUGGGAGCUAGUAUACCAUCAAUAGAUGAAAAUGACCUACAAUUGUCUUUCAUUCAUUUAAUAUACCAUUUAACCAUUAUUCUCUUGUACAGAACUUACGCCCUGAAUGAUGACGUUCAAAAGCAGCUCUGUGAGCCGUACAUGUCUCAUUGUGUCUCCUCUUCCUUUUACAUUGCAAAUAUGGUAGACCGUCUAGUGAAAACUGUUGGGAUCGCUUCCUUUUACAAAGUCAUACGAGGCCACCAGCAGAUUAUUUAUUGCUUAUCUGCAGCUAUAACUAUUCAGCGUGCAUUGGUGACUACAACAACCAGCUACCAAAGUUUUUCGGCAGAGUUUAUACAAGAGAUGUAUCGAAAAACCUCCUCUUUGAUACAGUUAUUGAUAAAGAACUCACCUUCAACGGAGGUGGAAAGCUCAACAACUACUCACCAGCCAUCGAUGACUCUGAACAGUCAGUACCGAUCUGAUAUACAUCUCAACUCGCCGUCGAAUACCUCGUCCACACGUUCCUCACCAUUGAUCAUGGCGUCGGCGCUCAACUCACCACACAGUCCCAAUAUUCCGGCACCUUCCAUCAGGAAAAGACAUUCGCGCUCUUCUUUACAUUUUCCCUCCACAUCAUCGGAUAUGUCCUAUUUGGUGCAGUCCAGUGCUUCUUUCAGUGCUGAAGCAUCACCCACCAUAGGAGUCGUAGGGACGGUGAAUCAGCAAAGAUCUACAAACAGGACACUCUAUGCCAAUAAUCGCCUUUCAGCACCUUCAUUAGGGUCCCUUUAUCAACAAUCACCGUACUUUUACCAGCAGCAAAUGCAGCAGCAGCAGCAGCAGCAACAACAGACGCAGCAAAUGCAGCAACAAGUGCAACAACGGCAGAUGACAAGCUACUCUCAACCGAGUUCUCCUACUGCUACUCCAAGCAAUGGCAGUAAUACCGGUAACAAAGCGAGCAAUAGGAAUUCAUGGACGGCUGCUCCUCGACGUACAACAUCGCUUUCCCGGAAAAGGGCUGGAAGUUUGAGGCGAAGUGCUUCUUCCAUUGGAGAAUUCAUCGUUCCUUCACAGCAAAGAUCCAUCAAUCGAAACAGUGCGCCUGGUCAACCGUACACAAACUUACGCAAACUCACAUUGACAAGUAAUACACCGCCUGAUCUUUUUGAUCUAUUUCCAAAUGCUGCUGCUGCUGCUGCUCCCUCUCCAAAUAAUAACGCUAUUCCUCCUUCGAACACAAUUCAACAACAACAACAACAACAACAACAACAACACCAUACGCUUGCUCCGUCCAUUCCACCUUCUACAGCUCCAUCGUCACCGUCGCCCAACACUCAAUAUCCAGUGAUGAUGAUCGAUUCCUCUUCUUUUCCUAUGGACCCUGCUAUACCUGACUCGCCUAAUGAAUCAAUGAUGGGGCUUUUAAUGACUCCUUGGGAGUUUUCAUCACUUCCGGAUUCACAAACGCAACAACGACAUCAUCAGCAGCAACAUUAGCCAUAAAAUCGGAGGGCAUUUUACUCUCAUUCUAUUUUGAUUUGUCAUGCAUACCUUUAUAUAUGAAAUUAUCUCUCGCAUCUCUUUGUAUAGUUAAAAAGAACCCCUUGUUGUAUCUAAAUUUAAUUUAUAGGAAUAAAAUUAUGAGUAUCAAGUAAGACUAAUAUAAAACAAAUAUCAUAGACGCCCUUUUGUCUCCUUCAUUCUUUUCGAUACAUAAAAAAGAUGCAGAUCGCUUC